UUAAAGUUCCCUUUUAUACAGUCACCACAGACCCACAAGGACUGACUCUCUCCAAAUCCAGAGAAUGGAGUCUUCAGCAUUCCUCACUCUCUACCUGCUGCUGGGGACUUCCCUUGUGCUGACCCAGACCUUUAAACGUUCCCACUCCUUGCGGUACUUCGACAUCGCAGUGUCAAGGCCUGGCCUAGAGGAGACCUUCUACAAGACUAUUGGGUUUGUGGACGACACAGAGUUUGUGCACUUCAACAAUGAGGCAGCAAAUCCAAGGUUCGAGCCCCGAGUGCCCUGGAUGGAGCAGGUGGGACAGAAGUACUGGGAUGACCAGACACGUGUUGCUGAAGUCGCAGAACAGCAGAUUCGAGCAUACUUUCCGAAACUGAGAGGCUACUUCAAUCAGAGCCCGAACAGUUCUCACACCAUCCAGAGGAUGACUGGCUGCUACAUUGGACCAGAUGGGCACCUACUUCACGCAUACCGUCAGUUUGGCUAUGAUGGGCAAGAUUAUCUCACCCUGAACGAGGACCUGAGCACCUGGACUGCGGCAGACAAGGCAGCUGAGAUAACCCGGCGAGAGUGGGAGGCAGAAGAUAAGGCUGAACACUGGAGGGUCUACCUGCAGGGCCCUUGCGUUGUGUGGCUCCUUAAGUACCUGGAGAUGGGAAAUGAGACUCUGCUGCGUGCUGAUCCCCCAGAGGCACAUGUGACCCAUCACUCCAGACCUGAAGGAGACGUCACCCUGAGGUGCUGGGCCCUGGGCUUCUACCCUGCUGACAUCAGCCUGACCUGGCAGAGGGAUGGGGAAGACCUGACCCAGGACAUGGAGCUUGUGGAGACCAGGCCUUCAGGGGAUGGGACCUUCCAGAAGUGGGCAGCUGUGGUGGUGCCUCCUGGGAAGGAGCAGCAUUACACAUGCCAUGUGCAGCAUGAGGGUCUGCCUGAGCCCCUCACCCUAAGAUGGAGCAGACCUCCCCAGUCUUUCAUCCCCAUCAUAGUAGUGGCGGUUGGCCUGGUUCUCCUGGGAGCUUCCGUGGCUGCUGUUGUAAUGUGGAGGAAGACCUCAGUAUAAGACCAUACCAUAUGUUGUACAUAACCACACAGAAUCUGUUUGGAUCAAUUAUCCUUUGUAGGAUGAGUGCAAGAACUCCUGACUUCUGUAACUGGCUGUAAUUUGGCUGUGUCUAAUUGUCUGUCAGUACCACGUGAGAAAAAGAGCUCAUCCCAGCCCUGAAAACCAAACUGCAUCCCAAAACUGACCUGCCACCUACUCCUGUUCCAGCAAAUGCGGGUCUGGAAAGCCUCCGUCUCCUAGGAGCUUUAAGCAGUCCCCGGGUUGCAGCCUCUUACUUCCCUAUGGGAAAGAAGGGUGUUGCCAAGCACGGUGGUACUCACCUUUAAUCUCAGCACUCGGGAAGCAGAGGUGGGCAGAUAUUUGUGAAUCUGAGAAUAGCCUGAUCUAUAUAGCAAGUUCUGGACCCACAAAAGCUACAUAGUGAGACCUUGUUUAAAAAUAAAAAAUUAAAAACUGCUGUAGGAACUUGUACAACCA